AUCCAGAGCCAUAAAAACAUUUACAAAAAAAAAAUAGCAAUUUUCAGCCAUUUUGGUUUCCUAAUUAAAUCAAAGUUUAUUGAGUAAGGGUGAAUAUUAAACUCCGUUUUUAAAGCUAAACGUCUACGUAAAUCAUUAACAUGAGUACUAAAAGUAAUUAUAACGAAGACCUUUUCGAAUACAUUAAAGUUAGUGAAGACGAAGAUGAUUCCAACGCAGUUGAGAUACCUUGCGAACAUGAUGGCACUAUGUUGUUGUCAACACUUGUGGCACAAUUUCCUGGCGCGUGCGGAUUAAAAUAUCGUCAUCCUGAUAGUAAAGCUACUCGCGGUAUUCGUUUAAGCGAUGGUAAGCUUCAUCCACCUAGUGAUGCCGGCUGGGGUAAACAUUUGUACAUUUGUGUAUUUCCAAAAGAAAACAAACGAAAGAUGGAAGACGUUUCGCCGGAAAAUUCAGCGGCUAAAACAAAACGCUUAGAAAAAAAACUCACUUGUUCGGAUUUGAUUUGUCUUGGUUUACCAUGGAAAACAACUGAAGAAUCUAUAAAACAAUACUUUGAACAGUUUGGUGAAGUUGUUAUGGUUCAGUUAAAACGUGACAAAAACGGCUCUUUUAAAGGAUUUGGAUUUAUACGUUUUGCCACUUACGCCUCACAAAUGAGAGCUCUUGCUCAGAGGCACAAUAUUGACGGGCGCUGGGUUGAUGUUCGCAUUCCCAAUUCUAAAGAAGGGGUAGUUCCACAAAUGCCGUGUAAAGUGUUUGUAGGCAGAUGUACAGAGGAUAUGACGGCAGACGAUUUGAGGGAUUAUUUUUCUCGAUUUGGUGAAGUAACAGACGUGUUUGUACCAAGACCUUUCAGAGCAUUUGGUUUUGUUACCUUCUUAGAUCCUGAAGUAGCUCAAAGUCUGUGUGGAGAGGAUCAUGUUAUCAAAGGUGCAUCAGUUUCAGUAUCAAGUGCUGCACCAAAAAUUAAAAGUAAAUCCAAUCCUAACUGGAAAGAUGACUCUUAUGGUCCAAGCAACUGGGAAGGAGGUCGAUCUGGGUCUUCUGGUUCCGGUGGUAAUGGAAGUAAUAAUAACAUUGAUACAUUAAAUAUGCAGAACUUAGGUAUUAAUCCAAAUGGUGGACCGCCAGCUAAUUUCAAUUUGCCAAUAAGUCUUGUUGCUGCUGCACUUAAUCAAGCUGGUUGGGGUGGAUUCUUAGGAGGACCAGGAAAUUCAAAUAAUUGGCAAGGACCUCCUCAAGGUAAUUCAGGCAAAGGUUGGAACAAUAAUCAAAAUUGGGGUCAAAAUGGUCCACCAGCCUGGAGUCAGAGCAGUAAUCCUGGUUGGUCUGGAAGUAAGAGCGGGAACUGGAAUCAAGGAAAUUGGCCUAAUGGACAAAAUUGGGGAGGUAAUGGUGGAGGUGGCUCAGCUCCCUCAGGAUCUAGCAGCGGGUGGAAUAAUAACAACAAGCCCCAGACAUGAGGGAGUGAGUUUAUGUCACAUUAAGCAUACAUAAGCAGAUACCUUGGUGUCUGUGUGUAAGCAAGAGCCCCUUCUGUCCAAAUGAAAUCAAAUCCUGGUGUUUGAGGAUGUCAUCUGAGUGCUUCUGCAUCAAAGUGGUGAGUGAGUUGCAAUAAUGGUGUGUUCAGUGAUGUCAAAUUGUGCAAAAGUAUAAAAAUAGUUGUUGUUUAUCAAGUGUUUAUUUAAUUCCACCUGAGGUUUUAUUUAGUAUUAUUUUUGUCAAAUUUAUGCACAUAUAACCUUUUGAAUUAUAUUUUAUUUAGUUGUGUAUAUUAUUUAAGACACAUUUUUAUUUACAGGUAUGAAGAAUUAAAAAUGUGACUUGAAUGAGUGCUUCGUCGAAGGAGUAACGCAGCGAGGGUAUGAAACAUACAUGUGGAGAUCCUCGAAAGCUUUAGUAGGAAGGGGGAAUAAAGACGAACACAACCAAUUUUAUUUUUUAAAGCAUUCUUUAUAGAUGUUCCAUUUAAUAUCGGGUACCAAUUAAAAGUUUUAUUUACACCUGAA